CGCGCGCGCGCGGACGCCGCGAGAGGCCGACCCGUGUUACCCUGCGAGGUACCGUCCGGGACUGCCGUCUCCAGCGAUCGUCGUUGUGCGAUACAGCGUCCGUCUCUCUAUCUCGCUCGCUCGUCCGUGAUCUCUCGAGUGCAGUAGUAGUGCGCGAUCCACGAGACUACGGCAGGACGACAACGACGUCGACGACGAGCAAGUAAAGCGACUCCAAGAGCGAGAGGCUCCACUCCUCCUCCCGCUCGUGGCAACUAUCAUCGACUCGCGCCAGCCGCGGCAGCCCCGAGUCGGCCUCGAGAUGCUGACCGACAUGACGCCGGCGGCGGCUGGUCAGCUCUAUCCCCAGCUACAGUCUAUCGCGAAAUCACCGGUGCACGGACACGUGGAUCAUCCGGGAUUACGAGGCACACCGCUGGCCAUGUUGGCGGCGCAAUGCAACAAGCUGAGCAGCAAGAGCCCGCCGCCCCUGGCGGACGCGGCCGUGGGCAAGGGUUUCCACCCGUGGAAGAAGAGUCCGCAAAGCAGCGGCAGCUCGCCGCAGCACACCGGCGGGUGCACAACGACGGGAGUGAGCCAGAGACCGGCGGCGACGAGCAGCGCCGGCAGCACGAGCGGAGGGUACGCGCGAGCGCCGGUGACAUCCUGCGCCUCGACAGCACCGCAAUACGGUAGCGAGCUGUACUUUCCCGGGACCGCGAGCGCCCAACCGGCCGGCGACCCGCACCACCACCAGAGCAGCCUGCUCGGCAAGGUCGAAGGCGCGACCCUGGGCUCGGUGUACGGCAGGCACCCGUACGAGUCGUGGCCGUUCAACGCGAUGCCGGGCGCGACGCACGGCGGUAUCAAAGCGAGCGACGGCUGGUGGGACGUGCACGGCGCGGCGACCGCCGGCGGUUGGCUGGACGUGAGCAGCACCGUCGGCGUCGGCGUGCACGCCGCGCAAAUGGCCAAUUACUCGGCCGACUAUUCGACGAGCCUCGCACUGGCCGGCAAUCACCUGCUGACCACGGCGACUACCGCCGGUCACAAUCUACUGCAAGACACGUACAAGUCUAUGCUACCGGGUGGGCCGCCCGGUUUCGGGCUGCACCACCACGCGGCCGCGAGCGCGGCCGGCGCCGGCGCCGGCGCCGGUAGUCCCCAAGGCAGCGGCGGCGGCGUCGGUGUCGGCGGGGCCGGUGUGAGCCAGGCGCCGUCGCCGCGCUCACAGAGACGCUACACCGGUCGCGCCACCUGCGAUUGCCCGAAUUGUCAAGAAGCCGAGAGACUCGGUCCCGCCGGCGUGCACCUCAGGAAGAAGAACAUCCACAGCUGCCACAUACCGGGUUGCGGCAAGGUCUACGGGAAAACCUCGCAUCUGAAGGCCCACUUACGGUGGCACACUGCGGCACCUUCGAACCCACACCGGCGAAAAGAGAUUCGCCUGCCCGGUCUGCAACAAGCGGUUCAUGCGCAGCGACCAUCUCGCGAAGCACGUCAAGACCCACAGCAGCAGCAGCAGCAGCAGCGGCAGCAAGGGCAAGGGGGGAGCGGGGAGCUCGUCGGCAGAGUCCUGCUCAGACAGCGAGGACAACGGGAGUCAGCAGAGUCCCACUUCCAGCUCGGUGCCGCAGCCGCAGCCGCCGCAGCAACCACCACAGGCUCAGCAGCAGCAGCAGCUGGCGGCGGCGGCGGCGGCGGCAGCAGCGGUGGGCCAGGACACCAGCAACACCACCUCCCCCCAGACCACCACCACCACACUCGGCCAUCAGCCGACAACACCCAUGACUCCAAUACAGAUGACCCCACCGCCUCUGACCCCACACCAUCCCCACCACCCGCAUCUCCCGCCUCUAAUGCACCAUCCUCAUCAUCACGCAACCUCCGUGCCGGCGGCGGCCCACCACCCGCACGCGGGGAUGAGCAUGCACUGAGCCCGGUGGGGCCCGGAGCCGGUGCCUGCGGUAAUGCCGCUGCCGCAACGGCCCUGGGCUCCCCCCUAUCCUACCCCCUCAACCUGAACCUCAUGCAGAAUCACGCGAGCAUCAAUCCGUCUGCCUCCCACCACCAACACCAAAACCACCAUCAUCAUCACCAUCACCAUCACCACCACCAGCAGCAACAACAACACUCCCGACAGAGCAACUCCUAUUCCGUGCAACAGAAUCCUGGCACGCCGGGGACCGCGCAGACUCCCUCACCCUCGUCCCCCGCGCCUGUACAUAGUCUCUAAGCGGUUUUACGAACGAGCGCGCGCGCGCACACUCUCUCGUGUCCGACUUACUACCGACCACCACCACUAAUCUAUUCACAGCACUUGUCCGUCCGCGGCGUUCACGUAUGACGCGCAGGCACGAUUAUACAUAACACACGUAUAGACACACGGAGAAUAUACAUGACGAAUCUGGCUCCCCGUCCCGAAUACGGAAUACGCUCCUCGUAAUACGCAUGUAUGCGGAUAUUUCAGGAUUUCUCGUUUGUACAUAAUAUACAUAUAUAUAUAUAUA